GCUCUCUUUUUCUUCCGGACGCUUUUGAGCCACGUGCGGGAAAGCCCAGCGCUGAACCGUCACCGAGCUCAGUGUUUGACUCUGGCUUUCGAAUACAUUGUGCAACUUUUCAUCCGGCCGAAUCAUUGAAGAGAAGAACCGGGUCACGGCCGCGACUUUUCUUUGCUGACAGCGGAUGAACUCGUCUUUUGUGGCGCACGUCGAAGCUUCUCGGCCUAGUUAGCUUCGCUCGCUAGCCGCUAACAAAGAGACGCGCUAGUUUCGCAACACGUCGCAAAUUGGAGCUCGCGUGUGAAAGAGUCGUGGUUCCCGUACAAACAUGUGCGCGAGAACGACCGCAAAGGACGAGAAGGAACUUUGCGGAACGAAAGAGGAGGACGAGCCACGUCGUCGACUUGUGGACGCCGUUCGCGAGGAGCCUCGUGUUGGUUUUCCAGCAGCAGACAUCAGUGAAAGUCUUCAUCCUGAGCGGCAGCCGUCAGUGUCCACUCGCAUCAAAGAGGAAGAGGAGGACGAAGAGGUUCAACACAUUAAAGAGGAAGAGCAGGAGGAAAUCAUCAAGGUUCCAUCGACGGGUGUCCUUUUGAAGAGCGAAGAUGAAGGUCAAAGUGAGGAGAGCAAAGGGGCGGAGCCUCCAAGCAGCAGCAGCUCAAGUCAACACAUGACAACAGAAGGUGAUGGAGAAGACCACUGCGGAGGAUCGCCGGCAGACGGUGAUGAUGAGGAGGAUGAGGAUGAGGAUGAGGAUGGGGAUGAUGAACAGUCGGAAGGUGAUAUGACAUGUCACACUGACAACAAACGCUGGAAAUGUUCUCAAUGCAUGAAAAGUUUUGCUUCCAAGAGCUAUUUCAAACAGCACAUGAACAUACACACCGGAGAGAAAACAAUUGCCUGCUCAUUUUGCGGUCAAAGAUUCACUCAGAAAGGACACUUACGGAAUCACACAAGAACACACACCGGUGAGAAACCUUUCGCUUGCUCGGUUUGCGGUCAAAGAUACUCUCAAAAGGGGAAUUUAAUCAUACACGCGAGAACACACACCGGUGAGAAACCUUUCGCGUGCUCCGUUUGUGGUCAAAGAUUCUCUGUGAAGGAAAGCUUGAAAUUACACACGAGAAGAAGCCACACUGGUGAGAAACCCUUUUGCUGCUCAGUUUGUAGUCAAAGAUUCUCCGUGAGGGAAAGCUUAAAAUUACACACAAGAAAUCACACUGGUGACAAACCUUUUGCUUGCACGGUUUGUGGUCAAAGAUUCUCUCAAAAGGGAAACUUGACAAUACACACAAGACGACACACCGGUGAGAAACCUUUUGCCUGUUCGGUUUGUGGCCAAAGAUUCUCCGUGAAGGAAAGCUUAAAAUUACACACGAGAACCCACACCGGUGAGAAACCCUUUUCCUGCUCAGUGUGCGGUCAACGAUUCUCGAAGAAGGACAACGUAAAACUGCACUCGAGAACCCACACUGGUGAGAAGCCUCUUUCCUGCGACGUUUGUGGCCAAAGAUUCUCUUACAAGUAUCAGGUUAAGACGCACAAGUGUGCCGGUGAGAGCAGCAGCGGCGAUCAAGAAGCUUUGAAUGCAAAUGGCAAUGUUAAGAAAAACAAGUAGCUACUAUCUUGCUGACUUUUAUAAAAAUCCACAUUCGUGUAUGCCGUUGACCAACUUUCGUGUCUUCUUGUUGUCCAUAUAUUUUCAAAAAGGCUCCGGUGCUCAAAUACUUUAAAGGGACUACUUACUUGUGAGAAGAUGGGCCCCUUAUUCCAUAGCGCCGGACUCAUAAAUGUCUGCAGAAAAAAAGCCCUCCAAAACGGACUCGGGUACACCCAUUUUGUCUUUUCUUUUCUUUUCUUUUCUUUUCUUUUCUUUUUUGUCCCGCCCACAUUUUGGACAUGUCAGCCCGUCACAGCCGUUUACAUUUUCCACAGAAACGCGUGUGUCGGCGUAAGAGAGGCAAUUGGGAGUCGGGUUGAUGAAAGGCCUGACAAGUGUGUCAUGUCAUGGAUGAAAGGAAAGGAAUAGUUGACAAUAGAGAAUUCGAUUGGAUUGUUAAUCGGAUGCACGUUGAGGAAAUUCUGACUAUAAUUAACUCCGAGUGUCUUUGCAAUAAUACAGACACCGGCCGGUGGUAAAACAUUUUAUAGCCAUGAGAUGGCGCUAGAGUGGAGGUCACUCAAGUGUCACCAUGCGGUCUUCGUGAUUUGCUCGCUCGAUGCUAAUUUGCAAACCUAUAUAAGCUGUAGCCGCUUCUUUCCUAUAUUUUUGGAUUUUGGUAACUGAAGUGAUCGAAGCCCACAAUCAUCUGCGCCCGUGCAAUGACGUGUGUGAUGGUCGAUGAAGCGGUUAGGACCUUUUAUCGUACACAUGGGAAUGACAAUGAAAUGUUAGCUAUUUGAUGAAAGAUGUGAUUUGAAUAAUGUUGAUGAAGUAAGAUGCUUUAUUAGGGCGAUCAGAUGAGAGCGUUCCCGUGAGAACCUUUGACUUUAAAUGAGGACAAAACGGAUGAAGUUGUCCUGAGAGGAACCGUUUAUCUCGAAGUGACACCAGGCGAGCUUUUGCUGGAAAGAGGAGACCAUCGAUGAGGAGUCUCAACCCAUUUGGGGGAAGUGCCAUCAUAUGACUUGUCCUUAAAAUGACUCCAAAUGUUCCCGUAAGCCAGAUGAAGGGGGACUUAAAGACCCCCUGGCAAGGCACACCUCUGCUAUACAAGUUCAAAGGCUCUUGCUCUCCCAAAGUCGAGCUCUUGAGGCCUCACUGCUUACUCUCGGACCUGUUUUUGUGUAAGACGCAGGAUGAUUUAGAAAAGGAGCUCAAAAUACAAAUGGAAUAUUUGACUGAGAAUGAAAUAGGAGUUUAGCAUUAAGCACAGCACAUCUGUGUCAAUUCAUAAUUGGAAGAUUUUACGAAUGUUCGAUCUGCUCAGUCAAAUAGUCUUCCCCCCCCCCCCCCCCCCCCCCCCAUUGUAAUAGAAUUUUCUUUCCGUUUCGAUUGUACUUUGGAUGUCCGCUCUUGGACAGUCUUUGAAUGUAACUGAAUGUUCUCCUUGAACUGAUGUUUUUGGACUGGUUUGGUUUUCAUCUCAACGGGCUGGCUUGGAACGCUUCAUCUCAUUUGUAAGUGAGUAAAUGUUUCACACCCAGUUCCUUUCUGUGAGUUUUAUUUUCAUUUGUAUGAUUUGUUCCUUUUCGGGAAUUGUAUUUUUACUUUUAUUAAUUGUAGCCUUGCCUUUGCUAAAUUCUGUUCAUUAAAAGAUCUUUUUCUGAG